AUGGGAUUCGAGCCCGAGACAUAUUACCUCGGACCAAACAAGCAUUGUCCAAACAAUGACAUGCCAAUCUUAAUUUACCGAGACUGUCUCCCUCUGCCGCUAUCAGAAGCCAGAACCACCGAAUUCCUGGAAUCUCAUGCCUGGGAGAAGAAGGGGACCUGGGGUCACAUCGCGUAUAGGCAUUUUCACCCCAACACGCACGAGUGCUACGGGGUUUUCCAAGGCGAGUCAAGGAUAUUGGUCGGCUGCGGCACGAAUGACACGGCAGGAGGCCAGGAGAUCGAUGUCCACGCUGGAGAUGUGAUUGUCCUUCCUGCAGGCACGGGACAUUGCUCUCUUCAGAGCAGCAGCAACUAUAGGUAUAUUGGGGUUUAUCCAGAGGGAGCCCCGAAAUGGCGCAGCGAGUUGGGAAAAGAUGAGGUUGGAGACACUUUUCGGCAAGAGAUCCAGGGCGUGGCCUUGCCGGUGCAGGAUCCCGUCAAUGGGUCAGAGGGACCAUUGUUGAGGUUGUGGAGGAAGGCAUGA